CUUCAUUUCAUCGCCAAUGAUGGACUUUUGUAUGCGUGCGCGCUAUAUUUCAUGACUGGAGGCAAGCGAUGAAAAAAAGUCUUGUACUUGCAUGAACCCAACUGUGAGCAAUAGGGCUCAGACCGCUUCCGCGUCAUAUCUGCCGGCAGACUUCCCAAAUCCCACUUGCUGCGGCACAUUUUAUGUAAAUUCGCUCUCCCUCUUUCCGACUAUCAUGAUGACGCCCUCCUCCUUGGACCGUUUUGAACCGCCAUGCCUUUUGACGAGUACUGGCCUGACUCAAUCGGGGCAUCGAUGGACCCUUGACAACCCUGCCCUGAUGGCAAUACCACAGCUGUAUCGCCUUCCUUGAACUAUGGACAUCCUAUCCACCACCCGCGAAAUCAUCGACCAAGUCAACCUCAUCAUCGAAAAAUGCAUCGAAUACCGAGAGGCUGACAGUGUCAUCAAGGCAACCAGGAUGCGCCUAGACGGUGUGCAGGUUCGGGUAGAGCUCUUCCAGGAGUUUUUGAAGCUGUCUGAAUCGACACUUCUUCUACGAAGGAAGCAGAUUCUUCAGCACUCACUCGGAAAUGUGUCGGAUUUGUUGCAUGAGUUGAUGAGCAGGCUGCCCCCUUCACCCAAGGUGUCCACCAAGCUUGCUUGGGUCGGCUGGGGCAAGCGGCGUGUCGAGGGUCUAUUGGAGGAACUGAAGACGUGGGAUGGCGAGGUGCAGGGAAUCAUAUUCGCUCUGGAUGUUGUCUCCAAGAUCAGAGACGACGACAAGCUCUACAAGCGGCUCUUCGACACCGGAGAGCGGACCCUGACAACAGCAUGGACGCUUAGCAAGCGAAUCUUCUCAUCGGACAAAAGUAUACUUUCCCUUGCUUACCCGCUAUCAUCGAUCUUCAUUCAAGGAGCCUUCUCCUUCUCCGACCCCCGCUUCAUCGCCAUCUUCAAUUCUCGUCCGGCCUAUGUCGAAUCCCACUACAUCGAACACGACGGCAAGGAGGAAGUCCAGAAAAGAUCUCUUGCACAAAUGGCCGCUGUGUUCCACUCCCCCGAAAUAACUUUGAUGCACCUGCUUUCAUGUGUGGGUCUCGCAGAGGACUACGACUUUGACCGAUGUUUCCUCGUCUACGAGCUCCCACCGACCUUCACCAUGCACCCCUACAAUCCCACCCUUGCCUACAUCCUCGAUAAUCAGACCCGCAUAUCCCUCGACGACCGGUUCCGCAUCGCCGUCGAGCUCGCCACCGCCGUUUUCGAGAUCCACGCCGCCGGAUGGGUGCAUAAGUGCAUCAGGAGUGACAACAUUCUCAUCGAUGUCGACGAUCAACAAGGGCCCAAGGUGGACGCCAAGGUCGGGGCUGCGUAUCUCGUCGGGUUCGAAGCUGCUCGACCACAGAUUGCUGGCUCUGAUCGAUGUCCGGAGAUGGAUCCGAUUAAGAGAAAGUAUCAUCAUCCUGAGAGACAGGGUGGCAGGGAUACGCUGGUACAAAAGUUUGACAUCCGACAUGAUAUGUAUAGUCUCGGAGCCGUACUCAUAGAGCUGGGAUACCGCAAGACGCUACGGAAUAUCUUUGGGCCAUCCUCAUCUGAAGGUGGGGGAGAUAUUCAGAAGGACCAUGAGCGCCUGGUGGGGUAUGCAAAGCGGCUGGGAGAUAAGAUGAGCGUCAAGUAUGCGACUGCCGUCUUGACGUGUUUGGUAAAUGGUACCAAGCCUGGAAAGACUACAGACAAUUUGCGUGAAGAGUUCUAUGAUGGAGUUUUGAGGCCAUUGAAGGAGAUACAGGACGGAUUUAGGGUAUGUCGGUCUUUCGUCCUUCGGCUUCAGGUCCUUUAACAACUUUUGUAGGGUCGACCAGAUAUAGCUGUCUGAUAUUGAUGUGGAUUAUUUUAUCUGGAAUAGACGAUCUUGCAAAUGGUCUUAGCGGUGCGAAGAUAAGCACCGGGCCUGUUUCUACAGUGUCCCUGCCAGUGUUUCGAUG